UUCCAGCUUGCCGCCUCAGUUGUAGAGCAACUGUUUCAGGGAACGCAACGUGACCCGCGAGUGUAUUUCAGUUCGAAUUUCGAUUUUGGUGUUUGCCGGAGCUAUUAGGAGCUGCUGCCUCCCCCACACGAUAAAGUCUAUUUCCAUUUGUUUGCAUAAACAAAUCACAUUUAUUCGGCUCGCCAGCUGCUGCAGCCCAAAACCAAAACACACAGCAAAAUGACGGAGGAAGUGCCUGCCAAAGGCAGCAUAUUGGGCAAACUCGUGCCCGCUCGCUAUGUUCUAGCGCUGCUCGGUUCCAUUGGCAUGGCCAUUGUCUAUGGCCUCAAAGUGAAUCUCAGUGUGGCAAUGGUUGCGAUGGUCAAUCACACGGCCAUCAAGGAACUGAAUGACUUGGGACAUGGCUCAGUUGUGACCCUUCUCAAUGGCACCAAGGAGGCGGAGACCUUAGUGGAGACUUGCUCGCCGCCCGGUGGCGCCACCAAUGUGACGGCCAAGGUGGAGGAUGGACCCUUUACAUGGAGUGAACCCUUGCAGGGCACUUUGCUCUCCUGCUACUUCUGGGGCUAUCUCGUGUCGCAGAUUCCGCUGGCUCAUGUGGCGGAGAACUUCUCGGCCAAGUGGGUGAUGCUCUUCUCGGUGGCCAUCAAUGUGGUGUGCACCCUGCUGACGCCUGUCUUCACGCAAAUGCAUUAUGGCGGCCUCAUUCUGAUGCGCGUGCUGGAGGGCAUUGGCGGUGGCGCCUCCUUCCCGGCUAUGCAUGUGAUGAUUGCCUCUUGGGCACCACCCAGCGAGCGCAUGGUCAUGUCCACCAUCAUCUAUGUGGGCACAUCGGCGGGCACAGCGCUGUCCAUCCUACUCGCCGGCAUGCUGUCCGCCCAGUGGGGCUGGGAGUCUGUCUUCUAUGUGAUGGGCUUGCUCAGCUGCAUCUGGAUGCUGCUCUGGACUGUCCUCGUGCAGGAUAACCCCAACAAGCAGCGCUUCAUCAGCGUGGAGGAGCGUCAAAUGAUUACCAGUUCACUGGGCACCGAACAGAAGGUCGAACAUCAUCCCGCUGUGCCCUGGGGCAAGGUCUUCAAGUCGAUUCCCUUCUGGGCCAUUCUCAUUGCUCACACGUGCAACAAUUUCGGCUGGUACAUGUUCCUCAUCGAGAUUCCCUUCUACAUGAAGCAGGUGCUCAAGUUCAAUGUGGCCAGCAAUGCGGCACUCAGCGCUCUGCCCUACUUCCCCAUGAUUAUCUUUAGUAUUGUGCUGGGCAAGCUGCUGGAUACGCUGCAGUCAAAGGGCAAAAUUAGCACCACGUUUGCUCGCAAGACGGCCACUUCCAUUUGCACCAUUGUUCCGGGCAUUUGUCUGCUGAUUCUCUGCUACAUUGGCUGCCAUCACUAUGAGGCUGUUACCGUUAUGUCUGUGGGCAUUGUGGCCAUGGGCGCCAUGUUCUCUGGCUUCCUCUCCAAUCACAUUGACAUUGCGCCCAACUUUGCUGGCACUCUGGUGGCAUUAACCAACACGGCGGCUACACUGCCGGGCAUUAUUGUGCCGCUGUUCGUGGGCUUUGUCACACAUGGAAAUCAAAACAUUAAUGCCUGGCGCAUCAUCUUUGGUGUCACAAUUGUGCUCUUUGCCUUGGAGUUCCUUGUCUUUGUCAUCUUUGGUUCUGGCAGUGAACAGUCGUGGAACAAGUCGGGCUCCCCCAAGGAUCCGGAAGCCAAGGAUGAGAAGACCCCGCUGAAGGACAUACCCGCCAAGCCCUAAAUCCACAAGGCCACAAGAGGCCCCUAAUCGCGUUUCUAGGAUCGAUUGCCACCGCACUCUACUCAGAUGACUUUUGAACAGAGCAAAGCAAAGCAAAAGCAAAGCACCGAAUGAAAUGGUCACCCUGGACUGUAUAUACCAAUUACAAACUCUAGAUUUUAGUUUGCUGUAUCCCUAAGUAUCUGUAUCUAUGUAUGCCUCAAAUAUGAAACACUCUCAGCCCGCCUGUUGUACUUAACACUCAUGAUUUCAAAAGUUAUCUACAAAAUAAAGCGAUGUCGUAGUGAAA